UACAUGUAAAUGAUCUUGCCUAGUGUCUAUUGAUAAAGAGGCUGAUUUUGUAGUGAGUGCAGUCAAGGAAGACCUAACUAUAUGGGCACAGAGAAGUCACCAACUGUAUGAUAAUCACUAAUAAGGAAUUAGAAGCUUUUAGAAGGAUUAGAAGGUUUAUACAUCUUCAAAUGAAUUAACUGAGCUGCUGUUUGUUUUUUUAAAUGUUUUUCCUUUAGGUUGUCAAUCGUGAGGUUGAGGGUUCGAAACCCGGCUCUGUAAAGCAGCCACUAUUAAACCGUACAAAGGCUGACCCUGGGCUCUGACCCCAACGUACACGUAUAGAUGUAUAUACGGCAAAUAACGACAUUCUGAUCCAUUUUCUGAGGUUUGAGUGUUUUUAGAUGCAGGUUUGAGGGUUUUGGUGUUUCAGGUUCAGCCUCGACUAGGAUCAGUAAUAACUGCCAGAUCUCCUAAAUUCCUGAAGUGAAAACAGUCAGUAGUUGAACUUUAACUUUUAAAGUUAGACUUUAACUUUAUAAGUGACUUUGUAGUUCAGCGCUGUGUCUCACAAAAGCAGCUGAACAUCUCAGGCCUUGAUGACCAAUCAUGACCUGGAUUAAAGUUCUCACAGCCCUGGUCUCUGCAUGGUUCCUAGCCAAGAAACCAGAGUUAAAUUUUUACAGAAUGUUAUGUUUGGGUUUGUAUGGGUGUUAUGGUACUGCACGUUAAGUCUGGUUAAGUCUGUCUAGCAGGAUCUGACACUAGUGGACACGAUUAGCGAGGGAAGGACGGGUGGGGUUCAGCCUCCCUGCCCCACAAUAGUGACUCAAAAUACAGUCUUAAUGUUCACAUGAGCAGCAAAGGAAUGUACGAAUGCACCGGCGCUCAGCGACUUUGCAAGGGCGCCUUUCAGCCAGCAAAAGUCGCUAGAAUAAAUAGAUGCAAACUUAUAUAUUUAAAUGUAUUUAUUAUGUAUUUUUCUCUCGUUUUGUUGUCGAAUGACAGGAUCCAGGAGUUUAAGGCGGCCCUGAGCGAGGAGAAGAUCAACCUGAAGGCGCUGCAGGAGCUCUGCUUUGGCGGAAUUCCAUUUGAGGGUGGAAUUCGAUCCCUGUGCUGGAAGAUCUUGUUGAACUACCUGCCCCACGAUCAGACGCUAUGGGACUCCUUCCUAAAAAAGCAGAGAGAAAUCUACGCACAGUUCCUGAAGGAGAUGAUCAUCCAGCCGGGUAUCGCCAAAGCUAACCUGGGUCUGUCCAGAGAGGACGUGACCAUGGAGGAUCACCCGUUAAACCCGAACCCGGACAGCCGCUGGAACAACUACUUCAAGGAUAACGAGGUUCUGUUACAGAUCGAUAAGGACGUCAGGCGUUUAUAUCCAGACAUGGCGUUCUUCCAGAGACCCACCGACUUCCCCUGCCGGCUGAUCCUCCAUUCACAGAACGAGUACGAAACUCUGAGGCGACGCGUGGAGCAGAGCACGCUCAAGGCUCAGACUGUCAACCGCAACCGCAGCGGAGUCACCAACGUGAGCUCCCCGGGCAAGGCGCUAAACCUGUACCCCUCGAACGAGUACGAGGUUCUGCCGAACGGCUGCGAGGCGCACUGGGAGGUGGUGGAGCGAAUCCUCUUCAUCUACGCCAAGCUGAACCCGGGUAUCGCGUACGUGCAGGGCAUGAACGAGAUCGUCGGGCCCAUCUAUUACACCUUCGCUACGGACCCCAACUCGCAGUGGAAAGAGCACGCGGAGGCCGACACCUUCUUCUGCUUCACCAACCUGAUGUCGGAGAACCGCGACAACUUCAUCAAGAGCCUGGACGACUCGCAGUGCGGCAUCACGUACAAGAUGGAGAGCGUCUUCUCCAUGCUGAAGGAGAAAGAUCUGGAGCUCUAUAUGAAACUGCAGGAGCAGAACAUCAAGCCGCAGUACUUCACGUUCCGCUGGCUCACCCUGCUCCUCUCUCAGGAGUUUCUCCUCCCCGACGUCAUCCGGAUCUGGGACUCGCUCUUCUCCGAUCAGGAUCGUUUCCACUUCCUGAUUCUCGUCUGCUGCGCCAUGCUCACUUUGAUCCGGGAUCAGUUGCUGGCGGGUGACUUCACAACAAACAUGAGAUUACUCCAGGAUUACCCUAUUUCCGACGUCCACACUAUCCUCACCAAGGCGAAGGAGCUGCAGGGCGGCUCGUAGCUUCCCGGCGCUCGUUCGGAGAACCACGCUAACACACUAACCACGAUGACCGCGGCGCCCCAUGGCGUCCUGGAAACGAUGCCGUCUUUCAGACAUUGCAUUAUGGAAAACUACAAGAGGACCUUAUCGCUUGAAUAUUGGGCCACGCCUUUCUUAGUCAGACUGUGUGUGUGUGUGAGAGAGAUUUAAAUUGCACCGAACACUCGAACGGAUCAAACUCACGUCGAUCAGACGCGCCUCAAGUGUUCAACACUCCGAAACUCCCAAAUUAUCUUUUGUUUUGUUGUUGUUUUUUGCUGAAUGAAAGAGUUUUGUAAUUUUUUUAAAAACAUUUUACUUCGUACACAUUUACUUUUAUUAAUUGUUGGGGUUUUUUUGUAUGAUGAUGUAUCAAGACAGAGUUAUUCGACAUUUGAUCAGACUAAAAUAUUCGAUAUUCAUGUUUUGAUAAUCAGAAGUAAAAUCAACUAAUCGUGGAAUGUAACCUGGACCGUCCGAACGUUCUCAUACAGGUCCGGCCACACCAGAGUGUUGGAUGUGUGUUCCAUGCACGACAUGUCCUGUAGUGUACCAGGUCGCUCAGCUGGAGCUGGAGUUCAAAUCUCAGCUCUGCUAUCAGCCGGUCUGGUGCCUACACAGACACACGGUUGGCUGAGUGCCUGUAGGGGUGGGACAGUGGCAGAAACAGGGUUCCUUAUUGCUGGUGCAACCUCUGCUGACCAGUUGAGGACUGAUCGCGGGUGGCUCUGUGUGACCGCCUCGGGGGUGGGCGUGGCAGCAGCGACAAGAGAGAGGCAGACUACAAUUGGACACAACUGGAUUGGGUGUAAACAAGGGCAAAAACAGAACAAACAGUCCAAAAUGAAUGUAGAACCUGGUUUGAUCUCCUGGUUCAUGUUUGGACUUUCAGUUUCAUUCCAGUUUUGGCUUUAUAUCCUCCAGUUUCAGCCUGACCAUGCUGACUUCAUAAAGAGACAGGAAUGGUGAGUUCCUGGUGUGGUUGGAUCCUAAACUAUUAAUAAUGUGGCUUUAUUCAAUUCUGGAUUGAGGGGCACCUCACACCACCCUGUUUCUGAUGACUGUCCUACUGAACUCUACCAGACCAGAACGGUUUGGAUUCAACACAGUGUUUAAUGAUAAUGGUAUUAAUCCCCGAGCUGCUCUGACUGCUGCAUGCAGGUGCCUCUGUCCCGUCAUCCUGAAGAGUUUAGUUUAGUUUUAUUGUUUCAUGCUCUGUUUGAGGAUGUUUGAUGUUCGUGUCUGUUUUUCACCACCGUGAAACCGCCGCUGGUCGGGUUCUCCGGUGAACCUUCUGAAGAAGCAGCCUGUUAGUGCUGAAGCAUGAUGAUCAUCCUAAUCUCUACUAAUCCAAGUCAUGUAUUCCUGAUGAUCCGAGUUACUGCAGCGUGUUUUCGUCCUUACUGAUUGUCCUGACGCAGCACAUGAAUGUUUACAGUAUUCCUCAUUCUGGAAACGGAAACUGAAUUAAAAAUGCUGGAAUGGAAGGAAUGGAAAUAAGUAAAUAGGGACGUGCCGAUAUAUAUUUUUUUCACACGUGACCACGGCCUGAUAUUUUAUUCUAUUUAUUUUAGAUUAUGUAGAGCGUUUGUGUCCACGAAAUUAAUCACAGAAUCAAAGCGGCACUGCAGGGUCGACGUUACCUGUGGACAGGAGACACCCACACUACCAGUUUGAGAUGAAUUGGAACUUUUAUUAUGAGCAAGCCCUUUUCGUCCAAGGUCAGGUGUCCACAUACUUUUGACCAUAUAGCGAGUGUAUAUCCGCCUGCAUGUCUCCUUUCAAAUGAUAAACCUACUUUAUUUCAGCCUGAAACACCAAAUAUGAUCAGAAAUAAUAUCCUGCAUGUUAAACGCCGUGUAUUUUGUUUUAUUGAUUAUUGGCACAUGUUUGUAUGCAGAUCAAUCGCUUGAUUUAUUGAUUUGUUGUUGGGUUUUUUUGGCACUGAAUGGUUUAAGAUGAAUGAAUCUGAUUGCUCGAUGUUUACGUUCCCAGAUCUUUAUAAUACGAAAGAAAAAUGCUUUUCGAGGUUCUGAUUGUUUUAUUAACACUUAAGUGUUUUUGGAAAAACGACAUUGUGUGUGUGUGUGUGUGUGUGUGUGUGUGUGUGUGUGUGUGUGUGUGUGUGUGUGUGUGUGUGUGUGUUCAUUCUUACCUUAAUGCAUACAUUACAGUCUUGUGCAAAACACCUUUGAGAUGAAUUGGAACCUCUGUAAUGAGCCAGGCAUCCUCAUCCUCCGUCAAUACAUGCAGUCUAGAAAAGUACGGUGGAUCAGCUCCGUAUUAAUGCCAGUUUUCAAGCUCAAUAAUUAGGUGUCCACAUACACUAAAUGGACAAAAGUAAUAGGACGUCUUCAAAUUUUUUUAUUACUGUGUUUUAGCCACAACAGUUGCUAACAGGUGUAAUAAAUCAGUUAUAUACAGUUAAUAUAAAGCUAAGCAUAGGAUUAUCUUAACAGAGCAGCCUUACAGACUGUUGAAUGUGAUAGAACGUCAACCUGAGUAAAAAAUGAGUGGAACAAUGUGUUCUUUUAAACCUGAAUCAGCUUUAUGAAGCUUCUCUCUGUGUUUACUGUAGCCUUUAUGUGCGUGUUAAACAAGCUGUGAGCUUCAAUGUGACAUUUUUGCUCCAGUCUGGUGACAAAUUUGUUCUACUGGCCGGAUUUUUGAGAUUCCGGAGAUACGCAGAGCUGCAGUGUACUUCAUACUGCCUGGUCACGGUCACCCUAUUGUCUGGUUCUGCCAGUAAAACGAUAUCAGAAAUAUGUAGCCUUGUGAGUGUAUAUUGUAAACAAAAGAGUUCUUCAGAAUAUCAGAAGAAAGUCAGUUUGACCACAAACCACAUAGAUUCAACAUUUUAUUCCUGGUCCUCUUUCAUGUUCCAUCUUUCACUAGAGAAGAUUCAGAAGGAUCAGUUUAACACUUGUCCUUGUUUCAAGUGUUUUCAAACCUUAAUUUAGAGCUAAACACCCUGCACGCCAGCACAGACCUUGAAUCUCAUGGUUUGUUUCUAGGGAGAUCUAAGCAUGUUCCUUUGGGUGAAAAGCUCAACGGGUUCGUGUCCUGCUGAACUAGUAUUUAUGGCUCAUGUUUCUGAAGAAGAACAGUUUUUGUGUAAUUUCGGAGCUUUUUCUCCUGACCAUUCAUGAGAAAACUGAACCACUGGCAUCAUAAUGAAAUAUCCUCGACUGUUCCAUUUGAUUACUGGGAGAAACGAUUUACACUGACUGACAGAUGCUAGACACUAGUGCUAGUCCAUAAUCCAGUGGUUCUCCACCUUCUUGUCUUGCGGCACAGUGGGUAGCACUGUCGCCUCACAGCAAGAAGGUCCUGGGUUCGAUCCCCAGGUGGGGCAGUCCAGGUCCUUUCUGUGUGGAGUUUGCAUGUUCUCCCCGUGUCCGUGUGGGUUUCCUCCCACAGUCCAAAGACAUGCAGGUGAGAUGAACUGGAGACACUAAAUUGUCCAUGACUGCUCAAUAUAACCUUGAAUGUAACUAAAGUAUAAAACAUGAUGUUAAAAUCCUAAUAAACAAACAACUUCUUGUCAAA